ACGCAGCCGGCAGCUUUCUGCACCGCACGACGGCAGCCAGCUUUGAGCCGGCCCUCUGGCCGGGCUGGGUGGUGGCGGCUCUCAAUUCCAUCAUAGUUUUCACUUCUGGAGAAAACUACUCGACAUUCUGGCGUGUGCGUGUGAGGUGGAUGCCUUUGCCAGAGGCCUUGACCUGGCCUCAUUUCGCACCCAAGGAGAAGGAAGCUAAGGUGACAGGGCUCAACUGCAAAAGUUUUCCGUGUGCAGAGCUCUGUAGGGUCGGACCAUGUUGUAACGUUCGUCUCCCAUUAGUCUGGGUGUCGAAUGAAUGAAGAAGGUUCCUGGUAUGCCACUCGCCCUAAGCCCAGGCGUUUUAGUAGCUCCAGCAUCUAACGCUGAGACCAGCAUAAAGGAGGCGUCCAAUGAACGUUUGAAUGAAUGAAAGAGGCUGGGAACCCAGAGUGAGCGGGAAGCUACUUGGAAAACACCCAUUUGAGGAGGUGUUUCAUCUAGGCCUGUGGAACGCGGCAGAUUUUCCCAGGACCCCUCCUCCCUUCCCCUUGGCCCCGCCCCCUGACCCCUCCAUUCCCCGUCCCAGUUGUAAUCCCCUCCAGUUUUCCUCAGUCUCCACGUACGUCCCUCAGGGUCGUCCCAAAACCCGGAUAACCGGAGCGCUCCCCAUGGACCACACGGAGGGCUCGCCCGCGGGGCAGCCGCCUGCGCAUGCUCCAUCGCUUGGGAAAUUUGGUGAGCGGCCUCAACCUAAACGACUCACUAGGGAAGCUAUGCGAAAUUAUUUAAAAGAACGAGGGGAUCAAACAGUACUUAUUCUUCAUGCAAAAGUCGCACAGAAGUCAUAUGGAAAUGAAAAGAGGUUUUUUUGCCCUCCUCCUUGUGUGUAUCUUAUGGGCAGUGGAUGGAAGAAAAAAAAAGAACAAAUGGAACGCGAUGGUUGUUCUGAACAAGAGUCUCAACCUUGUGCAUUUAUUGGAAUAGGAAAUAGUGACCAAGAAAUGCAGCAGCUGAACUUGGAAGGAAAGAACUAUUGCACGGCCAAAACAUUGUACAUAUCUGAUUCAGACAAGAGAAAACACUUCAUGCUGUCUGUAAAGAUGUUCUAUGGCAACAGUGAUGACAUUGGUGUGUUCCUCAGCAAGCGGAUAAAAGUCAUCUCCAAACCUUCCAAAAAGAAGCAGUCCUUGAAAAACGCCGACUUGUGCAUUGCGUCGGGGACGAAGGUGGCUCUGUUUAAUAGACUUCGAUCCCAGACAGUUAGUACCAGAUACUUGCAUGUAGAAGGAGGUAAUUUCCAUGCCAGCUCACAGCAGUGGGGAGCAUUCUACAUUCAUCUCUUGGAUGAUGACGAAUCAGAAGGAGAAGAGUUUACGGUCCGCGAUGGCUACAUCCACUAUGGACAGACAGUCAAGCUCGUGUGUUCAGUUACUGGCAUGGCACUCCCAAGAUUGAUAAUUAGGAAGGUUGACAAGCAGACCGCCUUACUGGAUGCAGACGACCCUGUGUCACAGCUCCAUAAAUGUGCAUUUUACCUUAAGGAUACAGAAAGAAUGUAUUUGUGCCUUUCCCAAGAAAGAAUAAUCCAGUUUCAGGCCACUCCAUGCCCAAAAGAACCAAAUAAAGAGAUGAUCAAUGAUGGGGCUUCCUGGACAAUCAUUAGUACAGACAAGGCGGAGUAUACGUUUUACGAGGGGAUGGGCCCUGUCCUUGCCCCAGUCACACCUGUGCCAGUCGUAGAAAGUCUUCAGUUGAAUGGCGGUGGAGACGUCGCCAUGCUUGAACUAACAGGACAGAAUUUCACUCCAAAUUUACGAGUGUGGUUUGGGGACGUGGAAGCUGAAACUAUGUACAGAUGUGGAGAGAGUAUGCUCUGUGUUGUCCCAGACAUUUCUGCAUUCCGAGAAGGUUGGAGAUGGGUCCGGCAGCCAGUCCAAGUUCCAGUAACUUUGGUCCGUAAUGAUGGAAUCAUUUAUUCCACCAGCCUUACCUUUACCUACACGCCAGAACCAGGGCCACGGCCGCACUGCAGUGCAGCAGGAGCGAUCCUUCGAGCCAAUUCAAGCCAAGUGCCACCUAAUGAAUCAAACACAAACAGCGAGGGAAGUUACACAAACGUCAGCACAAAUUCCACCAAUGUCACAGCAUCAACAGCAACAGUGGUGUCCUAACUACCGUCUUCUUGCUAGGACUUAACCUGACUUGAGUUUCUGCAAAAAGUUGACAAAAAAAAAGGAAAGAGAAAAAAUGAACACUCUUUUGUGGUUUCUUGGGAAAACUUUUCAUAUCAGGUGAUACUAUUCAGAAACCCUGUUACCUGCAAAUGCUGAUUUGAAAUGCAGAAGCCACAGUAAAACAAACAAAAAAAACACAUCAAAAUGUAAAAACUCUAUUGGAAAUCAGUGUUUUUCAGCUGUUUUUAUUUGGUUGGUUGGUUUUUCAGUUUUGUUUGAAUGAGCAAGAAAUAGAAAUGUGGCUGGAAUAAAAGUUAAGCAAACUAGAAGACACACCUAACAUAGUUUUUAUGGACCAAGGAACUUGUAUAAGCUUUAGUAAAAGGUACAUGUUCACCAUACCUUUUUUAUAUUACAGUAUAUAGUACACCUUUUGUUACCAAAUAGGUUGUUCCCCUGCGCCCACUUUGAGCUCAGGCUCUAAAGUACAUUCAGGUUCCAAGCCUGACCAUGUUGGUUUAAUCUAAUCACCAUACUCUUCCAGUUUUUUUUGAUCUAAGGUCGGAACCAUUUUUUUGUUUGGUUUGGUUUGGUUUUUUAAGCUGAAGUUAUGACUUUUCAUGAAUUGAAAUUGUUUGGAUUUCAGCAAGUCCAUUCUUGUAAAGGCCUGCAUACUUUCUUUUAAGAUUAUAUGAAGUCUGUGCAAAAGCUUUAAAAAAUGCCUCUGCCUUGCCUGCAAUACAUGCAAUGUAUGUUAACUUAGUCUCUAUUUGCAGACACUGUUGUUAUUUCUGUGUUUUCCUUUUUUUAUUUUAUUUUAAAUGUAUUUAUGGUGGUAAUUCAAGAGGUUCUACCAUUUACAUGAAAUUAAAUGUGCCCAUGUAGUCAUUAAUGAGUUAAUGGCACAGAACCUGUUGGUAUUUGAAGGGUUCUCUCCCCUUUUUCCAUACACAAAUGCAUUUGUGUUCCAGGAUUUGUUCAGGAUUUUUUUUUCUCUCCUGAUCUUGUACAUAACUUGUAUUAUGUGUAAGUUAAACAUUUUGUUUUGACCUUGGAAUCUUCCCAAUGAUUUCAUUUCAGCAGGGUGUUUUCUGCCUUGUUGGCAUAUGGAAAAAUGUCAUGAGAAGUAUUUGCUACCAAUUGGUAGAUCAUGCCCUAUUGUAUAAUGAGGAAAAUCUCAGCAAAAGCAUGUUUUUAGUACCUUUACUGUUUUGUUUUUUUUUUGUAGCCUAGGCCAAACCAUCAUUAUAAUCUUAAAACAUGCCUUUAUUAGGUGAUGAACUAAAAUAGCUGGAAGACAGUACAGUACUUUAGAAACAGAUAGUUGUAAGAUUAUAAAAAUGCAAGUGUAACUUCUCUCUCCACUUCUCUCUGUCCUGUUUUGUUUUCUCUCCCUAGUACUGAGCAUCUCCAAUCCUGUGCUCAGUUCCCACAAUUGCCUCCCAUUCAGAGAAUAUUUCUUUCCUGUUCAGUUAGGGCUUGGUUGCAUUCAGAUGUGUGUUGGCCUUGCACGCCAAGCCUGCCAUUUGUACAUUGCUCCCGUUCCUACACUUCGAUGAUGCCUUUGUUUGGUUUCUUAGAAAUUCCAGCAGACUUACUGGGUUACGUUUAGUUGUGGGACACAGUCUAGUAAUACAAUCAUCCUUCUUAGAGUAAAAACUACCUCUAGAUUGCGGUAAGCUUUUACUGUCCCAUAAAACAGGAGCCACAAGUACCUUAUGGAUGCAAAAACCAUAAUUUCCCACAGUGUUUGCAUACAGAACAUUUGUCAUUCUGGUGUCCUGGGCUCUUUUGGUCAUGUUUCCAUCUUACAGACUUAAAAAAAAAAGUCUGUAAGUACAUCUCUCUCUCUCUUUAAUUUCACUUUGCUGUCUUGGUCAUUCACUGUUUUGCUCCGACUAUGCCACUGUAAUGCAGUUUCUAAUAUCUUUAACUUUUUCCUGUUUUUAAGGUGAAAUUCAUUUGUGAAACAUGGUAGGUGGUUAAAUCAAGAUGAUUGUGGUUUUCUCUUACUGCAAGCCUUUUAAGUACCACCCGUAGGCUUCAGUAUACGGUUUAGCCUUCUCUUUUCAAAUCUGCUCUGGUCACUAGCUUCUCUCUUGUGAACUAAUCCUGCCUCACACCUUAAACCUGUUUCAGUGAUCAAGGGCAGAACUCAUUGUGGCCUUAUCUUCGUUUUACCUGUUUACUGGCUUUUACUCGCAGACUUGCUUAUUUAUGAGUAGUAGUUAAUUCUCUCUGUUAGUCACAGAAGCAGUCAUUACACAGUGCUUUUGUUCAGAGUGUGAAAAUACUUCCAGUGCUGCUUUACUUUUAACAGGCCGCACAUUUCCCCCACUUCCUAGGUUUGGUAUUUAGUUAAGAAAUUAAAUUAACCGAUAACAGAUGAGAUGCUUUUUAAGAACAAGCUAUUCCAUACCAAGCUUUGCAGCUCAGAGUAAUUUUUCCAAGUUCGUGGCUUUAUGAAAAUGAACUUAGUUUAACGUUUAUAUCUUUUUUUUAAUUUUAAAUAAUUUUGAAGUAUUAGGCUGUAAACCCUUUCCUGGUGUUUUUUUUUUUGUGUUUUUUUUAAGUCCAAGAGUGUACUCCCAGGCAUUUUCCCCGUCUGUUUCAUAAAAUGCCGUUCUACAGACGACAGGCUAAAGAGUGGGAUGACUUGUCUGUAGUAGUUUAUCCUUCAUCAGUAGUUUUUUUUUUUUUUUUUUGUCAGCUGCUUAAAAAAAAAAAUCCUUUUCAUGGAUUUGUGAAUCAUUUUUGGUGUAUAAUUGACAGGAGCCUUGCCCUCCAGCUGAGAUAGAGCAUGUCCCCUUCCCCAGGAAUGGCUUUCUUAGAGAUGCUGGCUGCCUGCCGGCAUGGAGACUGUCGGGGUGGUGAACGCUUCAGUACACGGACGCCGAGCCUGUGAUCCAGCGAGUUGGUAUUAGCCCCACUGAACUUAUCACGCAGCCUGGGAAGGCAAGCUUAAGGCCUUUGAAUGCCCUUUAUAUUUUAAAUGAUUUCAGAGUUGAACACUAGCAAAAUACUUAUCCUGCUGCUGACUUAAACUGUGGCGACUAAAGGCACCCCCAUAUAUGAUUAAUUAGUGAAAUAUCUGUCACUCUCACUUCUCAGGCUUAUUUGCAAUAACUGGGUAGUUUUUUUUUUUUUCCCAGUGAAACUGGUACCAUCUGUGCCCUCACAGAAAAUUUCCAGUGCAGUUUUUAAGAACAAACCUAACUAGCUAUUCAUGUUGAACCAGGUAAUCCAUAGGGGAUUUCUCUUUGAAACAAAGUGCUAUUCAAUUAUUAACCAAGUUACUUACUUUUGAUUUCAAAAGCAGCUGUGUUUCUGAUGAGUACUGAACAAAUGUGUGUAACUUUCUGUGCCAGACUUUUGACUUUGUUUUCAAGCACUGUAAUGUGGGAUGGGUGGUUAGAAACAAUAAUAUAUUAGGGUUUCUAUUUAACCCUUUCAGGACUGAACUGUAUCUUCUUUUAUUAAUUUUUCCCCGUGUCGUGAUAAAUGUUUGCCAGCAUUCAGUACUGUGUUGGUUCAGAUGUAGGUUUAUAUGCUCAUUUUUAGCUUAUUUCUUGUACCUUGCAGCAUGCUCUACGCAUUCAGUCCUUAAGGGGUUUAUUUUACAAACUGUGCGCCUGUAAGGUUUAUUAGCAAUAAGAUAGAAAAUUGAGCAAAUUUAUACCAUAAUUUUGUAGGAAAAAAAAAAAAAGAAUCUGCUCAAUCCCAUUAUUUCAUCCAUGAAAAA